UCCAUCCAUCCAUCCAUCCAUCCAUCCAUCCAUCCAUCCAUCCAUCCAUCCAUCCAUCCAUUUUAUUCCGCUUAUCUGCGGUCGGGUUGCAGCGGCAGCAGCUUCAGAUCGGAGGCCCAGACUUCCCUCUCCCCAGCAACUUCUUCCAGCUCUUCCUGAGAUCUGAAAGACCCUGGAGAUCCUGAGUUCAAGAUCCUGAGAUACUUGAACUCCUCCACUUGAGGCAGGACAUCCUCCCCGACCCAGAAAGGCACUCUAUACCCUUUUCCAGCUCAAGACCAUGGCCUCGGAUUUGGAGGCACUGAUUCUCAUGCCGGCCACUUCACACUCGGCUGCAAACCGCUCCAGCGAGAGCUGCAGAUCACGUCCUGAUGAAGCCAACAGGACCACAUCAUCUGCAAAAAGCAGAGAUGCUUUUGCAGAUGAUGCAACAGGCAUCAUCUGCAAAAUGAUGCUUAAUGAUCCCCUCAACACCCUGGCUGCACCUCGAAAUUCUGUACAUGAAAGUAAUGAACAGAAUCGGUGACAAAGGGCAGCCCUGGCGGAGUCCAACCCUCACCAGAAACGAGCCCAACUCAUCGCCGGCAAUGCGGACCAGACUCUGACAUCGGUCGUACAGGGGGACCUGACAGCCCGUAUUAAAGGGCCCGGUACCCCAUACUCCUGGAGAACCCCCCACAAGGCACCCUGAGGGACACGAUUGAACCCUUCUGCAAGUCCACAAAACACAUGUGGACCAGUUGGGUGAACUCUCAUGCACAAGUUGUGGGCAGCCCAACAGCCCACAACUUCUCGAGUCGAGGUCAGCAGCACACCAUCCUCCCUAUAAAUAGUGUUGGUGCUACACCGCUUCCCCCUCCUAAGACGCCGGAUGGUGGACCAGAAUUGCCUCGAAGCCAUGUGGAAGUCUUUUUUCCAUGGCUUCUCUGAACUCCUCCCACACCCGAGAUUUUGCCUCUGCAACUACCUGAGCCAAAUGCCGCUUUGCUCGCCGGUACCCAUCAGCUGCUUCCGGAGUCCCAGAGGCCAAAAAGGCCCAAUAGGAAUCCUUCUUCAGCCGAAAAGCAUCCCUCACUGAAGGCAUGGAACGUGGUGCACUCGGACUCAGUGUCUCCGACCUUCCCCGGAAUGCGUUCAAAGCUCUGCCGGAGAUGGCAGUUAAAGCUCCAUGUUGCAGGGGAUUCCACCAGAUGUUCCCAGCAGACCCUCACAACAAGUUUGAACCUGCCAGGUCUGAUUGGCAUCCUCCUCCAACACCAGAACCAAUUCACCACCAGGUGGUGGUCAGUGGAUAGCUCCGCACCUCUCUUCAGCCGAGUGUUCAAGAGAUACUGCCUCAGAUCCAACGAAACGAUGACAAAGUUGAUCAUCGAACUGUGGUCUCGGGUCUCCUGGUGCCAAGUGCACAAAUGGACACCCUUUUGCCUGAACAUGGUGUUUGCUAUGGACAAUUCGUGACAAACACAGAAGUCCAACAAUAGAACAUCACUCAAAAUCAGAUUGGGGGAGCAUUCCUCCCAACCACACCCCUCCAGGUCUCACUGUCAUUGCCCACGUGAGCAUUGAAGUGCCCCAGCAGAACAAGGGAGUCCCCAGGAGAGGCACUCUCCAGUACCCCCUCUAAAGACUCCAAGAAGGGUGGGUAAUCUGAAUUGUUGUUCUACCAGUAAGCACAAACAACAGUCAGAACCUAUCCCCCACCCGUAGGUGGAGGGAGGCUACUGUCUCGGUCCACUAAGGUAAACCCCAACAUACAGUCGCCAAGAUGGGGUGCAGCAAGUAUGCCCACUCCAACCUAAUGCCUCUCACCAUGGGCAAUACCAGAGUGAAAGAACUUCCAGUCUCAAGAAGACUGGUUCCAGAACCAGAGCCAUGUGUCGAGGUGAAUUCGACUAUUUCUAGCUGGAACCUCUGAACCUCACACAUUAGCUCAAGCUCCUUCCCCACCAGAGAGGUGACAUUCCAAGUCCCAAGAGCCAGCUUCUGCAAUCGAAAAUUGGACCCCCAGGCUUCCCUCCCUUGGCUGCCACCCAUCUCAGAUCGCAUCCGACCCGUUUGGCUCCUCUCACAGGUGGUGGGCCCAUGAGAAGGGGGACCCAUGUUUCCUUUACAGGCUAAGCCCAGCCGGGCUCCAUGGGUAAAACCCUACCCACCAGGGUCUUGCCAUCGUGCCCCCCCAUCCAGGCCUGGAUCCAGAGUGGGACCCCGGUGACCCGCGUCCGGGCGAUGGGACACCAAGUUCACAGUUAUUUGUCAUCAUAGGGGUCUUUGGGCUGCACUUUGUCUGGUCCCUCACCGAGGAUCUUGGUUAGGGACCAAGGUCCUAGGGGAGGUGCACCUACCAGGGGCAUGAAACCCCAGACAGCAAAGCUCCUAGGGCACUCAAACCCCUCCACCAAGAUUAAGUGGCAGCUCUUCUUCUUUUACCAUCUUAAGACUGGUGGCAGCCAGUCUGAAGAACUUAAAGAGACUUUACUGGCAUCUACUGAUGCAGGACUGAGAUUUUGAGUAAAAUUAAACAGAUGUAAAUGCAUAAAACUUAACUCUGGUAUGACUCAUUUUUCUUAUUCUUUUACUGUUUUGGGAGACAAAAAGAGUCAUUACAACUCCUGGUGCAAGACAUUAUUUCUUGUUUUCCUAUUCAUUUCUCAUAACAAAUGAAAUACAAACUCAAAUUUUAAAAAAACAGAUUCUUGUUUGUUUUACAACUUUAAUUAUUUAAACUGUCUUAGUAUAUGUUAACUAACUCCAUUCCAUAUAUUGUAGAGUUGAUUAGUUUACGUAGAUUAUAAAUUAAAAGGCAUUUAUAUUAAAAUAUGAGUUUCUACAUAAAAUCAACUAGAUGUAAAUACUUAGUUUAACUGCCACUAAUCGUUUCAAAGGAUGAACUGAAAAAAAUGUAGGACUUUAAAACAAGAUCUUGUCUUCUGCAUUGUGCUAAUGCCACUGUUCUGACUUUGUGCUUUUUUAAACUUUUCUCCUCUGUAGCUGCUGAAAAAACUUUACCGUGUUCUUUACAACAUUGUUGUUACAUUCAUUCCGUGGGAAGUGAGGAUCAAAAAAAUUGAAAGUCACUUUGGAUCAGGCGUGGCCUCCUAUUUUAUCUUUCUUCGCUGGUUGUUUGGGAUAAACAUCGUCCUCACCAUCAUGACAGGAUCUUUUGUGGUCCUACCAGAGCUGUUGGCUGGAGCUCCAUUUGGAACAACAAGAAGUAAAACUAUCCCCAAAGAGCAUCUUGCAUCAGCCCAAGACUUGGACACCAUCUGGUCUCUUGGGGGGUACCUGCAGUACUCUGUUUUAUUCUAUGGUUAUUAUGGCAGCGUGAGGAAGAUUGGCAGUGCUGGCUAUCGGCUGCCACUUGCUUACUUCCUUGUUGGGAUGGCUGUUUUUGCCUACAGUUUCAUCAUCCUGUUACGCAAAAUGGCAAAGAACUCUCGUCUGAGUCUGGCCAGUGCUUCUGAUGAAAACUUCACAUUCUGUUGGAGAGUUUUUUGUGCCUGGGAUUACCUGAUUGGUAAUCCGGAAGCUGCAGAGUGCAAAGGGGCUGCAAUUGUUAACAACAUCAGGGAAGCAAUUGUUGAAGAGCAAGAAAAGAAGAAGGAUACAAGCCUGGCAGUUCUCAUCAGUCUGCGUAUUUUAGCCAAUAUCUUGGUUCUGCUGUCACUAGCUGGGAGCAUCUACAUCAUCUAUUUUGUGGUUGACCGAUCCCAGAAACUGGAGCAGGAAAAGCCAGAGCUGACGUUGUGGGAGAAGAAUGAGGUGAGUGUGGUGGUCUCGCUCAUCACUAUGAUUGCCCCUUCUGCUUUUGAGCUGGUUGCUCAGCUGGAGAUGUAUCACCCAAGAACCUCUCUGAGAUUCCAGCUGGCCAGAGUCCUUGUUCUAUAUCUGGGAAACCUCUACAGCCUUAUUAUUGCCCUCUUGGAUAAAGUCAACAGCAUGAGCUCUGCUCCUCAUGCGAGUUCAAGUAACUGGACGAACACCAGCUCCACCAUAUCCAGUCUCUCUUCCCAACUAUCAAGGAUCUCUGUGUCUGAGCAUCACAACAGUACCAUGGCAACCAUCAGCACAGCAAUCAACUUCAUCCACAACAGGAGCAGCUUAGUUACUGCAUACAACCAGACAAUUCCUUUUGAGAAAAAUGCACGAUCUCAACAGGACCAGUGCUGGGAGACCUAUGUUGGACAGGAGAUGUUGAAGCUUUCUAUUAUUGACAUGAUCUUCACAGUGGCCAGUAUCUUGCUCAUUGACUUUAUCAGGGGUCUGGUGGUUCGGUAUCUGAGUGACUGCUGCUGCUGGGACUUAGAAAGCAAGUUUCCUGAAUAUGGAGAAUUUAAAAUAGCUGAAAAUGUCCUGCACUUGAUUUACAACCAAGGAAUGAUCUGGAUGGGAGCCUUUUUCUCUCCAUGCCUUCCUGCUUUUAAUGUGUUGAAACUGAUUGGUCUCAUGUAUCUAAGGAGCUGGGCUGUCCUCACUUGCAAUGUUCCUCAUCAGCAGGUUUUCCGAGCUUCCAGAUCAAAUAAUUUUUACUUGGCUAUGCUACUCUUCAUGCUGUUUCUGUGUAUGCUCCCCACCAUCUUUGCCAUUGUGCGAUAUAGACCUUCAGAACACUGUGGACCAUUCAGUGGCCAGGAGAAGAUUUAUGACAUCAUCUCAGACACAGUGGCAUCAGAUUUCCCACUUUGGUUCAGUAAAGUGAUGAGUUAUAUCACCAGUCCUGUUGUGGUGCUGCCAGCAGUACUACUGUUAUUUAUGCUGAUAUAUUAUCUUCAAGCCAUUGCCAGAUCCCUAAAAUUUACUAACAACCAACUGAGGAUUCAGCUCCAGACUGAGCGGACAGAGGACAAGAAAAAAGUGUUUCAGAUGGCUGCAGCAAGGCUGCAAGUCCCAGAGGCCUCAGCUGACAAAAACCCAGAUCAGCAGGAAAAUGACAUCCCAAGCCAGGAAGGUUCCAUACACACCUCAUCUCCCCAGCAAAAUGGCAGCGUUUCAAACAUUCAGUCUCCUAUUAAUCGUAGUAACAGUGUCCGUACCAUCAGCCAAUCAGCUUCUGGAGCUGACCUGAAUGAAGAAAGAGUGUCUGGAUUUGUCAGAAGUCCAGGUGUGAUCGUACUACCCAAACACCAGGUGGAACCCAUAUCCAACAGACCUCGACAUUUCAUUGGUGGCCGAAGUGGUUCCUGCAGAUCCAAAUCUUGCCACCACAUGGCAUAUAAUCCACCAUCUGGCCUUUCUAAUGCAAUCCACACUGACCCAUUGUACAGGAAAACCAUUCGUUCUCUACACCCUGUUGAGGCUGCCGGAAUCAUUGCUGCGCAAAAUUAUGGGAGGCACCGUGGUCCCACUACCCGCUAUGUGUUUGUCAAUGAGCACAGGCCCCGUAAGAAGCUACUGUGCUCAACCACACGAAUCCCAAGGCACUAUCUUCUGGAGGAGCCCACAGAGAUCCUAGAGCUAUACCCGCGCAACAUAAAACACUACACACCUCGCACCAUUCACCAACAACAACCCCCCCGCUCCCACACAGCACAGCAGCUCAUCAAAGAGGAGGAAGAAACUGGAAAAGACAGGAAAAGGACUUCUUUAGGCAAAAGCCUUCGACCUUGUUCACUGCCUGACCACCACCAUCAAGCGCACUUUUAUAUUGGUGAACGGUUAGAUAGUUUUAGAGAAAGUCAGAGAGCAGGGUAUGAGAUGCAAGAAGAUGAUGAAGAGGAAGCUGGUAAAGAAGGAAUUGACUGGGGACAUUUCAACUUACCAUCUCCGUCUCAGACCAGUAUAAAAGAAAAAGAAUCUUUUCACACACAAAGGCAUCCUGUCCAUUCUCCAAGGAGACAAUAUCAGUCCCCCACCAGAGCCAGACACAUGGGGUCUCAAUUAAAGCCCAAGUUAAAGGGUCAGCUUGAAACUCAUCUUACUGAAUCUGACUCUGCCUCCAUAGCCUCCAGCAGUGACCAACAAAACAGCAGCACUGAUCAAUAUAUUCAGGUCAUCCACAGCAAAGAGCGCCACGUCAGAUCUGAUGUCAGGCAAGAAAAGGUGUCCAAAAAGAAACACAAGACAAACUUUGAUCUGAACUGCACAGAAUCAAAUGACUUGAUCUGUUCCAAUGUGUAACACUUUUUUUUGUCAAAUUGAAUUUGUGUUUGUUAAUUAGUAUGUACCGGUAUAUCCUACUUGUUAAUCUGCAAUUACAAAUAGUAAAAAAAUAAAUAGAAAUCUCUAUUGGUUGGUAUGCGCAUAAAAGAUCUGUAACAUACAAUUACAUGGGUUACUUACAACAAGGUGAAGUAACAGGUUUUGUUUGAGCUUGCUGUAAAAAUCUUAAGUUCUGUUAAAUAUGACAACUCCUUUCUAUUGAGAAAAUAAAAUCAGUGUCUUCUUUGGUGAGUGUAUUUCAAA